CACCUCCCCCCCCCCCUCUCCUACGGAGUGAUAGCCCACACCUGCUGCGCUCGCCCCCUCUCCCUAGCCCCUCGCCAUUACUCCCUCAUAAAGGAAGAACAGAGCAAGGCCGAGGAAGAAGCAGCGUCGGGAAAGGACCCGGCCGCAGUCUCAAGCUCCGCUCCGCAACUCCGGCUCGACGCCUGCCAACCGCGCGGCGCGGCCACCACGCUAGCCCCCGUCUUGCAGGCGGACAGAGCCUCCCCGUCGAUAGCACAGUAAAUUCCGCCGCAUUCCAUUCCCUUCCCUUCACUUUCGAAACCCACCCUGCAUUUACUGCACGCCACUCGCCCUCCGGCCUCCCGCGAUCUUCAAAAUCUUCUCCCUGCAAAAGGUGGGUCUUGGCGUUGGUGUUCUUGCUGCCUUUUCGUUCCUUCGUUCGUUCGUUCGCGCCCCGUCGGGUUUCGUCCUCUGUGUUCUGCUUCUCGGCCGGAGACGGGAAGGCCGGGCGCUUCAGGAUGGCGCGCGAGCAGCUGGAGGAGGCCAUCGUGGCCGACGGCAACGCCAAGGAGGAGGAGGUCGGGGUCAUGGGCAUCGCCGGCGCGGGCGACGGCGACGAGCAGCACGGCGGCGGCAAGUUCAGCAUGAAGAGCUUCCUCUGGCACGGCGGCUCCGUCUGGGACGCGUGGUUCAGCUGCGCCUCCAACCAGGUGGCGCAGGUGCUCCUGACCCUGCCGUACUCCUUCUCGCAGCUGGGGAUGCUAUCCGGCGUGCUGCUGCAGAUCUUCUACGGCUUCCUGGGCAGCUGGACGGCCUACCUCAUCAGUGUCCUCUACGUCGAGUAUCGCUCCCGCAAGGAGAAGGAAGGCGUCAGCUUCAAGAACCACGUCAUCCAGUGGUUCGAAGUGCUGGACGGGCUGCUGGGCCCGUACUGGAAGGCGGCCGGCCUGGCCUUCAACUGCACGUUCCUGCUCUUCGGCUCCGUAAUCCAGCUGAUCGCCUGCGCCAGCAACAUCUACUACAUCAACGACCGGCUGGACAAGCGGACAUGGACGUACAUCUUCGGCGCCUGCUGCGCCACCACGGUGUUCAUCCCCUCCUUCCACAACUACCGGAUCUGGUCCUUCCUGGGGCUCGGCAUGACCACCUACACCGCGUGGUACCUCGCCAUCGCCGCGCUCAUCAACGGCCAGGUCGAGGGCGUCGCGCACACCGGUCCGACCAAGCUCGUGCUCUACUUCACCGGCGCCACCAACAUCCUCUACACCUUCGGCGGCCACGCCGUCACAGUCGAGAUCAUGCACGCCAUGUGGAAGCCGGCCAAGUUCAAGUACAUCUACCUGCUGGCGACGCUGUACGUGUUCACGCUGACGCUGCCGUCGGCGUCGGCCAUGUACUGGGCGUUCGGCGACGAGCUUCUGAACCACUCGAACGCCUUCUCGCUGCUGCCCAAGAACGGGUGGCGCGACGCGGCGGUGAUCCUGAUGCUGAUCCACCAGUUCAUCACGUUCGGGUUCGCGUGCACGCCUCUCUACUUCGUGUGGGAGAAGGUGAUCGGGAUGCACGACACCAAGAGCAUCUUCAAGCGCGCGCUGGCGCGGCUUCCCAUCGUGGUGCCCAUCUGGUUCCUCGCCAUCAUCUUCCCCUUCUUCGGGCCCAUCAACUCCGCCGUCGGCGCUCUCCUUGUCAGCUUCACCGUCUACAUCAUCCCCGCGCUCGCCCACAUCCUCACCUACCGCACGGCCUCCGCGCGCAUGAAUGCUGCGGAGAAGCCACCGUUCUUCCUGCCGAGCUGGACGGGGAUGUUCGUGGUGAACGUGUUCAUCGUGGUGUGGGUGCUGGUGGUCGGCUUCGGGCUCGGCGGCUGGGCCAGCAUGGUCAACUUCAUCAGGCAGAUCGACACUUUCGGGCUCUUCGCCAAGUGCUACCAGUGCCCCAAGCCGCCCGUCCCGGCCGCGGCGGCGCCGUUGCCGCACCACUAGAUGCGCAGCGCCGGCCGGAGGCAUCGCAAGGAAGCCGGCCGGCGCGCCGCUUUCGCAGCAGCCAGUGUUAAUUGCUAGGUUUUGGUCGCCUUGUAAUAUACAAGCCUCCUCUCCCUCCCCUGCCUCCCCUAGGGUGCCACUUCACACCGUAGCAGAACUCGAUCAGCAGCAGAGGUUUCACGCACGGCGGCGGCUCGGGUCCGUUCGUUCCCUGCCGGAACAAGGUCUCCUCUCCUCGCCCCCGGGGCCGUGCCGCUGCCGCGUGCGUUGCUUUCCCCCACCCCACCCGGCCGGUCCGUUGCCAUUGGUGUUCCUUGUGUUUUGUUUGGCUUGCCAACCAGUAUAAGUGUGAGUGAUGGUCAUGGCUUAUAAGGCCCUCUCUUUCUCCCGCUCUCGCUCUCGGCUCAUGUGACGAUUCCAUAGUCCAUAUGAUACGACAUACUUAUCCUGUAGGGUUCUUUAGUUUCUUCUUUUUUCUACUCCUCCCUUGAUUCAUGGAGCUUGGACCAUGUUGUGUAGCGUGUGGGCGCUUGUAAUGGACUGGACGAUUCCUCAUGCUAGCUAAAGGCAAAACACAGUGGCCUUUGUUUA